AUGAUGGUCCAGCAUCUGUAUGGGCAGAGGUAUAAAGACACGAGACCAGAUUUGGAAGACUAUGAGGAGAGUCGGGCCCUAUUGAACCUGCAUGUGUAUGCAUCUGCCGAUAAAUAUAACAUCCUCUCCCUCGAAGAGCACGCGAAAGAAGAAUUCAAAGCCUGGGCUUGGAGCUCGCAGGGCACUGAAUCCUGGGGGCAUGUUGUGGAGGAGGCUUGGAAAGGCAACGAAUUCUCUGAUCUCCAUUCAAUUAUCGAGAAGCAAAUAGCGGAAGACAUUGAUCGAAUGCUUCAGGACGACUGGCUGCCAUUCAUCGAUAAGGGCAUGAAGCUUGGGAGAUUUUCCGCGACUUUUCUUCACCAAAUCGUCGAAAAGAAGAAUUCUAGAUUCUUUGCGCUUCGUGAGACGAAAACGAGGUACGAGCUUAACAUAAUUGAUCUGAAAAAGAAGAUCAAGGGCUACAGAUAUGCCCUCGAGCAGCUUGGAAAAGAGAUGAAUGCCGAUACCUAUGACUCAGAUGAGAGCAUUGCAUUUUGA